CUGUCCCUAAUCCAUUGGCUACUCAAAGAAUAGUGGGCGGCGAACUCACUACUAUUGAACAAUACCCGUUCCAAGCUGCCCUGCUCAUGUCAUGGGACUUGAGCUAUUAUGGACAAAUAUGCGGAGCCACCAUUAUAAAUGCGAGAUCUAUUUUGACCGCUGCUCAUUGCUUUUGGUACUUCAUAGAACCUAACCGAUACCGAUUCAGAGUUGGUUCCUCGUACGCCAACAACGGCGGCGUUGUACACAACGUUCUUGCGAACAUCAUCCAUCCAGGCUACAACCCUAGUAGCCUGGACGUCGACGUCGCCAUAGUCCGCUCGACUACCAUCAUUGUUCACACUGAGGCGGUGCAGCCAGUUCCGAUAGCUGGCCCUGGAUAUAUUAUGCCUGAUAAUUCUGAAGUUUGGGCUACAGGAUGGGGACAGACUGAUGUAACCGGUCCAACUUCGAACCAGCUCCGCCAUGUCCAGAUCUGGACAGUAAACCAAGCAGUCUGCAGAACCCGCUACAACGAAUUAGGAUACGUCGUUACCAACAACAUGCUCUGCUCCGGUUGGCUAGACGUAGGAGGCAGGGACCAGUGCAGCGGAGACUCCGGCGGGCCCCUCAUACACAAUGGAGUGGUGGUGGGGGUGUGCUCGUGGGGGGAGCAGUGCGCGCUCGCAAGGUAUCCUGGUGUUAACGCCAGGGUGUCGAAGGUUGCUGAUUGGAUUCAGGUUAAUGCUUAGUGAGAGUUUUUUUU